CUGUUCUGCAGGACCAUGGCGCUGCUGUCUCCUCAUUUGCCUGUAUACGUGGCGUUUCACAUAGUUAUUUUUGCAUUAUUGGAUGUCGCAGUGAUCCGUGCAGGAAGUGGAGGCUCCAGUAGUUUAGGUUUGCACUUGCAGCCUUAUGAUUUACUUUAUUACAGUGGAGUGCGUGCGUAUUUUGGAGGGGAGUGGGGGAAAGCUGCAGAGCUCCUGGAGAAGUCCCUGUUAACCAAAGAGACGCUGUUUAAAGUCCGCAGACAGUGUUAUGAUGAGUGUGAAAAUGCAGGAACAAAUGCACUCCACAGACUGGACAGUGAAGCGGGGAACCUUUGGGACCUGUGGGCUCUGGACUGGGUGCAGCAGAAAGCCGAAUGUCUCAGGUUUUGUUUGGGAAAGUCGCUCUCUCCUGCCGCUCUGCUCCCCGUCUCCUCUGAUAUCGAAUAUGAGUUUGGAUCUCGAAACCCGUACAACUUUCUCCAGGUUACAUACUACAAACUGGAGAAACUGCAGAAGGCGGCGUCAGCGGCUCACACUUAUUUUGUGGCUAAUCCCAGUCAUUUGGAAAUGAGGAACAACAUCGAGAAAUACAGAAGGAUGGAGGGAGUGACUCAGGACGCUUUUCAGGACAGAGAGGAGGACAGUGAACGGCACUGGGUUUUGUACGACUCCGCCCUGCACCUGGAGGCGUCGGCGGACUGGACCAGAGCCGCGGAGAAAUGGAGAGAGUGUGUGAAUGAAACGCUGCGGCAGACGGAGGAGUGUAGAGUCCAGUGUGACACGUCCUCACAGCCUCUGCCCCGGGACAGAGGAGAGGAGAGCGUCCACGGAGCGUUUGAGAAGGCUGCAGCUCUUUCUCUGUCUCUUCUGUCGUGCCGUCAGUCCUGUGUCACUCAAGUCUCCACUCGACCUGGACGAGUCUCCGCCCACGAGGACCUCCUGCCCACGCAGCUGGAGCACCUGCACAUCGCACAGUUCAAAGCUGGAGACAUUUCCGGGGCCGUCCAAACCCUUCGCUCUCUGCUCCUGUUUUACCCGACUGACAAAGACAACUUGGACAACCUGCAGCUCUACUCGGAGACACUGGGGGGCGACACAGAGUCACUGGACACUCAGCCUGCACAGGAGAUCGAGUCGUACGUCCGCCGCUCGCUCCAGGAGAAAAAACUUCUUUACUUCGGGAUGGAAAACCUGGACUUGAGCUUCACAGACCCGGAUUUGUGGACUCCUGAAGAUGUCGUUCCCGAAUCGCUGAGGGAAAACUGGAGGGCUGAGAAAGAAAAAAUGAACGAAAGGAUGGAUAAAGGAGAGCAAGAGGAAGACGUGGACGAUAGCGGUUUCUUUGCAGGGGGCACUGUUCCCCAGAAGGGCGUGACUAUCACCAUGGACGAUGAAAUGAUGAAUGGAACAAACCGGGUCGUUCUGGAUGGAGUCAUGACCCAAAAAGAGUGUGACACGAUACUGCAGUUAGCGUCAACCGCUGGUUCUGUCGGAGAUGGAUACAGGGGGCGCCGUUCUCCACACACGCCCCAUGAGACGUUUGAGGGUCUGACGGUGCUCAGGGCGGCAAAGUUGGGUCAGGAGGGUUUGGUGAACGAGUCUGAUGCUAAACUCCUCCAUGAGCUCGGGGAGAGAGCGAGGACCCUGGUCCACUCGUACUUUAGGAGCCCCUCAGGACUCUACGUCUCAUUCACUCACCUGGUCUGUCGCAGCGCCAUCUCAGGAGACCAGGAGGGCAGAAUGGACCUGUCUCACCCGGUCCACGUGGACAACUGCAUCCUCGAACCUGAGACUAAACUGUGCUGGAGGGAACCGCCCGCUUUUAUCCACAGAGAUCUCAGCGCCGUUUUAUAUCUGAACGAAGACUUUGACGGAGGAGAGCUGUUCUUCACCGACAGAGACGCCAAGACGGUCACUGCCCGUGUGACGCCAUCUUGUGGACGUCUGGUGGGUUUUUCCUCGGGUCCGGUGAAUCCGCACGGCGUUUCUGCAGUGACCAGAGGGAAGAGGUGCGCGCUGGCUCUGUGGUUCACCAAAGAAAAACACUACAGAGAUAUGGAGCGAGACGAGGCGGAGGCUUUGUGGAGCGGAAAAACCCUGGAGGAGGCCGCACAGGCAGAGCAGGAGACAGAAGGGGGCGCUACGCAGGGGCGGAGCGGACGCAGCCAGACCCCUCCCUCCGAGCGCAGCAGAGGGAGCGGCAGGUCAAAGGGCAAACGGGACGAACUGUGAGAGAACAGCGGAGAAAGAGAGAAACGAAACAAUGCAAUUUGCCGGGUUUUUUUUUUCAGAUUACGCAACAAUCCUCUAUAGGUCGGUAAUGUUAAACG